UGGCACUUUUAGUGUAUGCGCUUGGGUUAUGUGUGUCUCGCAGGGGGGUACCAUGGUCAUGUUGAAGGUCUCAGCUCUUCUCAUCGCCUAUGCCCUGGUUAUCUGCCAGAUGUACUGCUCGCAAGCCGCCCCAGCCAGACCGGUGUUGGAGUCCAUGUCGGAGCGGGUGACGCUGACAGACUAUGAGGCGCGGCGGCUUCUCAACGCCAUCGUCAAGGAGUUUGUGCAGAUGACGGCCGAGGAGUUGGAGCAGCAGCAGGUGGCUGAGGGCAACAGCGUUACAGCACAGAAACGAGCCUGCAACACAGCCACCUGCGUUACUCACCGCCUGGCGGACUUCCUCAGCCGGUCGGGAGGAAUGGGCAGCAGCAACUUUGUACCCACCAAUGUUGGCGCAAAAGCUUUUGGCCGGCGGAGGAGAAGCAUCGCCAUGUGAGCGUCUGAACACACAUUGGGGGAAAAGACUGACACAUGGUGAGAAAACAUUGGGAUUAAACACACAAAAAAAAAGAAGAAGAAGGGUAAAACAAUAUCAACAACAACAACAACAAUGAAGCAGAAAAUCAACAGUGGACUGGCCCUUUGCAUACACUCACAUUCAUGAAACAACAAGUUUUCAUCCUGCUUUUGGUCCAAAAAAGCACUUUAGUUUGUGUACACUUCUUGUCUUUUAUACAUUCGUAUCAUGGGAAAAGAAUUAAAAACAACAACAACGUGCUCACCAAGUGUUUGCACCUCACCUCCCUCCCAUCGCGUAGCGUCAUCCAGCCAGCGGACCCCUAUCAGCCUACCCAGGAUCCCCCCUGGUUUCCUUCCCCCCCUACAAUGGGCUGUUGUCUUGUGCCUUGAUGUAGAACAAUUUACAUGAUUGUAUAGUUCUGUGUAGAAUGGAAAUGAUGGUGAUGAUGCUGAUGAAUACUGUCAACAAUAUUGUUGGAAAAAAGACAUUUGAGCAAGAUUAAAAUGUAUUUUAGAUACACUCGGGUUUGGGGUACUUGUGUUGUUCUUUGCAGGUCAUUAAGGCUGGGGGCACUGACCACAUACUGUAAUUAUAUUUGUACACAUUUUAAACACUGUCAAUCAACUAUCAAUGAUCGAUCGAAUAAUAGUGUUAUAACACUAUCAGAACAGAGUGACGUUUGUGUAUGUGUGUGAUUUAUUGUUGGGAAACAACAUAUCAAACAUGCAGGACAUCUUCAAAUGGGUUAUGUUUGGCAAAAUAUGGGCCAUAAGUGCAUGGGUAAUUGCAGAAUAAA